AUGCGGUCUUUCGCACCCUGGGUUUUGAGCCUUGUCGGGGCUGCUGCUGUGGCCUCUGCAGCUGAUGCAAAUGCCGACGCCAAAUCUGAUGUCGUUUCCUUGACCAAGGAUACCUUUAACAGCUUCGUCAAGGAGCAUGACUUGGUGUUGGCCGAGUUCUUUGCUCCUUGGUGUGGCCACUGCAAGGCCCUGGCCCCGAAGUAUGAAGAGGCCGCCACCGAGUUGAAGGGCAAGAACAUCCCGCUUGUCAAGGUCGACUGCACAGCGGAAGAGGAAUUGUGCAGAGAUUACGGGAUCGAGGGUUACCCGACCAUGAAGAUCUUCCGUGGUCCUGAGUCCACCAAACCCUAUAUGGGAGCUCGCCAGGCGGAAUCGAUUGUUUCCUACAUGAUUAAGCAGUCCCUCCCGGCCGUAUCCACCGUUUCCGAGGCCAAUCUCGAAGAAAUCAAGACCAUGGACAAGAUUGUUGUUAUCGGAUAUUUUGAUGAGAACGACAAGUCCUCCAGCAAGGCGUUCACCACCUUCGCUGAGGCCCAUAGAGAUCACUACCUUUUCGCCGCCGCCAGUGACCCGGCCAUCGCCAAGGCGGAAGGUGUGAAGCAACCCUCUGUUGUUCUUUACAAGGACUUUGACGAGAAGAAGGCCGUCUACUCUGGAGAGCUGGAGCAAGACACAUUGCUCAGCUGGGUGAAGACUACUAGUACUCCACUUGUUGGUGAAAUUGGCCCCGAGACUUACUCCGACUACAUUACGUCCGGUAUUCCGUUGGCAUACAUCUUUGCCGAGACCAAGGAGGAACGCGAGAAGUUUGUCGAGGAAUUCAAACCUGUCGCAGAGAAGCACAGGGGAUUCAUCAACAUUGCCACUAUCGACGCCAAGAUGUUCGGCGCCCACGCUGGCAACCUUAACCUCGACCCUCAGAAGUUCCCAGCAUUUGCUAUUCAGGACCCUGUGAAGCACGCCAAGUACCCUUAUGACCAGGAGAAAGAGUUGAAGGCCAAGGAUGUUGGCAAGUUCAUCCAGGAGGUUAUUGAAGGCAAAGUUGAGCCUAGCAUCAAGUCUGAACCUGUUCCCGAGACCCAGGAGGGCGCAGUUACGGUCGUCGUUGCCCGUUCUUACAAGGAUAUUGUUCUUGAUGAUGAGAAGGAUGUUCUCAUUGAAUACUACGCCCCUUGGUGUGGACACUGCAAAGCUCUUUCCCCGAAGUACGACGAGCUCGCCAGCCUCUACGCCGAUGGUCUUAGCUCCAAGGUCACCAUUGCCAAGAUCGAUGCCACUGCCAACGAUGUCCCUGAGCCGAUCACUGGCUUCCCCACUAUCAAGUUGUUCCCCGCUGGUGCCAAGGACUCCCCUAUCGAGUAUCUCGGCACCCGGACUGUGGACGACUUGGCCAACUUCGUGAAGGAGAACGGCAAACACCAGGCUGAUGCUUACUCCACUAAGGAAGCGAAGUCUGAGAAAGGCGAUGAGGCUGCCUCGUCCGAGGCUCCUGCUGCUACCGGAGAUGACCACGAUGAAUUGUAA